GGGAAGGACAGUUACAAAUUGCAGUUGACUGACGUUCCGUUAUGGCUCCGUGUUCAUAUUAGUGCGCUCAGCUCAGCUCAGUGUUAUCGGCAAACCCGUAUUGAGUGGCUCGAAAGUGAUCGUAUUCGUUGUCUAAGUUUUGUUCCAUUGUAUUCAAAAGUAUGUUGCGUUCUUUGGUUCGUUCGGUUGUCCGUGCGAGUGCACCGGGAUCCAGGUCUUGCAGCGGUGUGGCUGCUGUAUCGGCUGAUAAGCUGGUUUUGACGGAGGUAGAUGAUAAAACUGGAUAUGCUACUGUCACCUUAAAUCGUCCACCGGUCAACAGCUUGAAUCUAGACUUGCUUAAAGCCAUCUCAGAAACCUUGGACGACCUGCAGAACAACAAAUCCCGCGGGAUGAUCCUCACAUCGUCUUCGAAAUCAGUAUUCAGUGCCGGUUUAGAUAUUAUGGAAAUGUACAAGCAGAAGCCGGAACGCAUGAAGGAAUUUUGGUCUACUCUGCAAGAUGUUUGGUUCAAGCUGUACGGUUCACCAUUCGCAACUGUUGCGGUCAUCAAUGGACACUCGCCUGCCGGAGGCUGUCUGCUGUCUAUGUGUUGCGAGUACCGUGUGAUGUUGCCCAAAUUCACAAUCGGUUUGAACGAAACCCAGCUGGGCAUUGUGGCUCCCACCUGGUUCAUGGCCACGAUGCGUAAUACAAUCUCCCGGCGAGAUGCGGAGCUGGCGCUGACUUUGGGAACGCUGUUCAGCACGGAUGAAGCGCUAAAUGUUGGAAUGAUCGAUGAAAUAGUCCAGAGCAAAGAGGAGGGAAUUGCCCGGGCAACCGCUUUUCUGGACCGUUUCAAGAAAAUUUCCCCACAGGCCAGGUCCAUGACGAAACAAGCCCUGCGCAGUAAAGAUAUUAUGGAGCUCGAAGAUAACCGGAGUCAGGAUAUUGAUUUAUUCAUUUAUGCAGUUACUCAGCCGAAAGUCCAGAAAGGUUUGGAACUAUACCUUGAAGCAUUAAAGAAGAAGGCCGCCAAGUAGAUUUUAAGUCAUGUACAGUUUUUGUACCGAGUAUGGAAAGUCUGUUCAAUUUUUUUGUUCAUCAACAGAUUAAUUAUAAUCUUUUUUAUAAUCAAUACACAUUUGUAAAAAAAAGCUA